GUGAACGUGACAGUGCCGAAGUUGGCGAACGGCACGAGCGAGCUUCCCUCCUCAAAGUCCUCAACGAUCCACUCCGCGUUCUCGCCACAGAGUUUGCCGCUGCCGGAGAGCGACUUGGACACGCUCUUGCCGGUGGACUCGUUGGUGAUGGAGACGCUGCCGGAAGUGGAGGACUUCUUGGUCGCGACGAGGGUGAUCACGUCACCAGCGCUGACGGAGAAGCCGGAGAAGUCGCUGGCAAACGCG